CACCACGCCUGCGCAAAGAAAUACAAGAUGGCGGAGAGUGCGGAACUGAAGCAAAUGGUGAUGAGCCUGCGGGUGUCGGAGCUGCAGGUGCUGCUGGGCUAUGCUGGGCGCAACAAGCACGGACGCAAACAUGAGCUGCUUACCAAGGCACUGCAUCUGCUGAAGGCUGGCUGCAGCCCCGCCGUGCACAUGAAGAUCAAAGAGCUGUACCGACGACGCUUUCCAGCCAAAAUGGUAUCCCACUCAGAGCUGGCGUUGCCCGGACCACACCACCCAGCCACAGCUGGAGUGGUCGGAGGAGGGGGCGCCGCGCUUCCCGCAGGCCUGACACAGCUGGCGUAUGAGGGUCAUGCUGGUCACGGCGGAGCCCCAUCGCCUGCUGCCUUACUGCCCCUCUCACUGCUCGGCCCUGGGAAACAUGAGCUGACUGGGCUGACACACCACCUGCCCACCUCAGCCACGCUGCAUCCGGUCCACCCAGAUGUCAAGCUCCAGAGGCUCCCUUUCUAUGACAUGCUGGACGAACUCAUCAAGCCCACCAGUCUAGCUUCAGACAACAGCCAGCGGUUUCAGGAGACAUGUUUCGCCUUUGCAUUAACACCACAGCAAGUCCAGCAGAUCAGCAGCUCAAUGGACAUCUCGGGGACCAAAUGUGACUUCUCAGUUCAAGUCCAGUUGCGGUUUUGCCUGUCAGAGACAAGCUGUCCUCAGGAAGACCAUUUCCCACCCAAUCUGUGUGUGAAAGUCAACGGGAAGCCAUGUAACCUGCCGGGUUAUCUUCCUCCAACCAAAAACGGUGUAGAGCCCAAGCGGCCCAGCCGGCCCAUCAACAUUACCUCACUGGUCAGGUUGUCCACCACAGUCCCCAAUACCAUUGUGGUGUCGUGGACCGCUGAGAUUGGAAGGAGUUACUCCAUGGCAGUGUACCUGGUGAAGCAGCAGUCGUCCACAGUGUUGUUACAGAGACUACGGGCAAAAGGCAUCAGAAACCCAGACCACUCCAGGGCACUCAUCAAAGAGAAGCUAACAGCAGACCCAGACAGCGAAAUAGCCACGACCAGCCUUCGAGUGUCGCUGCUCUGCCCGCUGGGGAAGAUGCGGCUGAUGAUCCCAUGCCGGGCACUGACAUGCUCGCACCUGCAGUGCUUUGAUGCUACACUCUACAUCCAGAUGAAUGAGAAGAAGCCCACCUGGGUUUGUCCUGUCUGUGACAAGAAGGCCCCCUAUGAACACCUCAUCAUCGACGGGCUUUUCGUGGAGAUCCUCAACAGCUGCAUGGACUGUGAUGAGAUCCAGUUUAAGGAGGAUGGCAGCUGGGCCCCCAUGAGGUCUAAAAAGGAAGUGCAGGAGGUUUCCUCUGCUUCCUAUAACAACGGGCUGGAUGGUUCGUGUCGGACGUCCACAGGCUCAGAUCAGCGGAGCUCCUCGUCGUCCAGCCACGGUGGUGGCGACAGCAGCAACAGCAAGAAAGUGGAGGUGAUCGACUUGACGCUGGACAGCUCCUCGGACGACGAAGGGCAGGACUCACCGCCCCCGCCGCUGCCACCACUGCCUCCCCCAGCCAAAAGAGCGUGUCCCUCCAUGUCCCCGACCUCGCCACCUAUCAUCAACAAAGGAGUGUUGAACCUGCACCACCAGGCCUCUCCUGUGAGCCGUACUCCCAGCAUGCCAGCGAUGGACACCAGCUACAUCCCUCCUGUCCCUCCACUUAUCCAAGACUACAGACCCUACUACCACACCCCCAAUGACCUGUCAGAACUGAACUUCUUCUCUUUUCUUCAAGGCGACAAUCAUCAGCAUUACAACAUGGUGAUGGCAGCGGCAGCCGCUGCCUCAGCCUCAGACGACCAUGAGCUGCUGCUCAACCGCUUCCUGCCCUACAGCACCACCUCCUCCUCUGCCUCCCAGCUGUUCCUUGACCAGUCAGGAGCUUCGUCGGCCGCUUCACUGACCGCGCCGACCAACGGGGCGAGCAGCUCAGGCAGCAGCAGCAGUCUGGUCUCGUCCGGCAGCCUCCGCGACACUCACUCGACACACUCGUCUUCACACUCGGGCUCACACUCGUCACACGCGCACCCCGGAGUGGUGGCCAGCCGGAGCAGCACUGAAGCAGCAGUGGCAGCUAUUUAUGGGGGGAUACCUGACGUUAUAUCGUUGGACUGACUCAAGAAGAGUCGAGACUGUUCUUUGGGUCCAGCUACGAUCCAGUAACGAACCCAAUCACAAACUUGUCUGACUGCAGGGUAAAGUUUUGAUCCAGAAACUAGACUGGCCCCAGGUCAUUGAACUCCAAACAUUUGUGGAGUCAUAAUGACAAGACUGCCUCGAGAAGAGUGUUAAUAUUAUGAGAGGUUAACAGGCCUGAGGGUUCUCUUCACUCAACUGACCUGAGGACAGUACAGAGUCAUCACUGAAAAAAGGGGUCAGCAGUGGACAUCGUGUUGGUAGAGGACUGACUUCAGAUCAGAAACCUGUCCAGCGUGUGAACCCACGUCACUGCUACAGUGGUACCAACCUGGCACAAAUAGCAAAGACAUUACCUAAGCAAAAACACAAAGGAGGACGGCUCUUUUUUUUUUUUUUAACAAAAACGAGGAGUGGCACCAUGUACAGAGAACAAAAUAUAUUUUCCUCUUUUACUUUUGUAUGUUAAAUCAGAACAUUUUCAGUCUAGUGAGCUGCUUCUAUCGCUGUUUUAAAAUUGACGACUGAGGGUUCUGUUUUUUUGUUUUUCUCAACAAAAGCUUAUACAUAUGCCUGUUGCCAUGUGGUUUUCUUUUUCCUCUCUUUUAGCUCUAUCCUGUUUAAAUUUUCCAUUUGCAUUUCUCCAGUAUAAACUUCAAUCCUCUGUCCCUCUUCUCUUUUCUCUCUCGCUUGAGCUCAUUUUUUAAUUCAUGGUGUUUUAUUUCUCUAUCCAGUGACAAUAACUUCUCAGAUGCUGAAUUUUACAGUUUAGUCAUGUACUAAUAAUUUUAUUAUGCUUUUAAGUUAUGUAUGAUAUUUAAACAGUUAUAAAUAUAUAUAUAUAUAAAUAAAUAUAUAUAUAUAUAUAUAUGCAUUCCCUUUGACCUUCAGGUUAAUGCUGUGGGGAGUGUGUAGAUGAAAAUUAGCCAUUUCUGGUUUUUCAUUUUUCACUCCUUGAUUUCCAGCUCCUUUUUAAGACUCUGGCAGCGUACAGCAUUUAGAGAUGGAGUCUUUUAGACUAUUUAUACCUUUGCCAGUUUCAAGUUUUGAGCUGGAAGAGUUCUUUUGCUUUUUUGGUUUGUUUGUUUUCUUUUUUUUUUUUGCACAAUGCCAAAAAAUAAUAUAUGGUACCUAUGAAAAUGAUCACAGUAAUCAGUGUGUUUUCAGUCAAAUGUCCAGCUCGCGGUUGUUCAGACACUUUGCUGUGUCCUUUUGUCUCUUGUCUUAGUUUCAUCUCUUUUUUUCUCCUUUUUUUCUUGACUGUUAAAAAGUAAAUGUGAUGGAGGUCAAAUUGUUAAAACAGCGUCAGGCUUUUUAAAGAGACAGGCGUCCUUGACAUGUGCCACAGCUCCACUGGGGGCGAGUGACCCAAGUUUUCAACUAGUGCCUGUUUGUGUGCAUGCUUCACAGCGUGUUUGGGAUAGUUUAGGAUAGAUGAGUUUUCAAAAAGAAUGUCUUAAAUGGUCACACCACAACCUCUGGCCCAUCUCUGUCUGAGGAGUUUUGUGAGGAUUUGACUGAUAUCUUUAUCUGUCUGGGGAGUUAUCUUUGGGAGAGACUGUUGUGGAAGAGCAUGGAAUAGUGUGAGCAGGCUGUUCAGUGCCACUGUGAAAGUGGGUGAUCUGAGCAUGCCAGGUUCAACUGGGCACAGAGCCAGGUGGUUUAAAAAUACAUGACCUGUCUGGAAUUCUAGGAGAUAGUUGGCGUACGAUGGUGGAAAUGUCAAAGCGAGGCAGAGGUUUCAGGAUACCCUUGAUGUUGUUGCCAUUCAGCUGGAAACGCAGUGUUUGCUCAUGAAUGUAUUGUACAAUUUUAAGAGUGGACUCACUUCUUGUUCUUUGCCUCUAUUACAUUAUCCCUCAGUCUGUUCACAGUACUGGUGACACGAAGUAGCCCCGGUACACCUCCUGCCCCGUCAACCCCCCGUCCCUCCUCCAGGCUGUGUGUCCUUGAAACUUUCCCAGAGUCCCCUCUUAUCAGUCUUUCCACGAUCUUCCACUUUCCUGGCUUCCAAGACAGGCAGCUCACUUCAAAGCUUAAUUAUCCCCGCCACAAUGAGAUAAUCACCUCUGACAGCAACCCCCUUCACCUAAUAUCUCCUGUCCUGUCCUCCAGCAACUAACUGGGAGACAACCUAAAAUGACCCCCCAGUUCUCCUUCCCUCCCUCCUCUUGGCAUCUUUAACUUUAUCCCCUGUUCUCCUCAUGGGAACCAACCCCGGCUCUCAAACUGACUCAAUCAUUUGCCGGAACAAGUCUUGUGUAUUUCCUUGUGUUGUGCAGUAUUUUAUUUAUUUUGUAUUCUUAUUUCUAUAUAUUAUAUUUUUACAAAUUGUUCGAUUUCCACAAGUGAGUGUGUGAGUCAGCUGUUGUGACAUGGUUUUAUUUAAUAUGCGUUUUAUUAUUCUAUGCCAGCAGCGCUAUUUUUCAAAAAAGGUAUUGUUUAGUUGUUCGUCAUGGAAAUAUCAGUGUGUAUUGUCUUGGGAGCUGACUUAACACGUAAUAGUAAGGGCACGAAACACAUGCUUAAUUAAUACAUGUGUGACUCACAAUGAUAUAAUGUGUGAAUUAAUUCAGCAUGUAUUAUGAAUUCCUUUCACCCACCAUCAAGGAAUGAUUGAGUCACUGCAAAUUUAUGUGAUUAAUCAACACUUCAUGGAUCAUCAGUUAAUGAUUAACUCACACUUACAACAUAUAUUCAUUUAUAUGCCACCAAAUUAGCAAGAAUCCAGUAUAGAAAGAGCAGUUCUAGUUCUUAAAGGAACAUGAGGCUGUUUUUUAGUAAACUGGUAGUCGGAUGCAAACAUGAACAUGUUGCUGCAUGAUCCAACAGUCAACGGAAAUAAUCUGCAUGCUCACCGUCCUGAAUAGGUAUGGUGAUGGUGCUCGUUUGGUGGGGAGCAGAAAAGUUCAAAGACGAGGAAAGAGCCAGGGCACUCCUCUAGCAAAAACCUAAAAAGCUUUAUUCAGAGGGCUUUUUUCAUCGUGAAAUUCUUAAAAACAUAAACUACAUAAAAACAUAAACUAUACAGCUGAGUAACAACCCAUGAGUAGCAGCACAAACAGCCUUCAUCAGGAUGUAGCUCCCAGCACAUAGUUUCCCAUGUAGUAGAUACACGGUAACACCUGAGCAGAAAACAAAUGAAUUCAUGGGUGAGAAAUACAAAGUAUAACCAUUCGUGGUCCCCUGGGGGUGAACUAUGGUGAUCCCCUACUAGCAUGGCUGGAAACUCUGCAGUCUCUCUCACUUCACAACAUAAACAACAGUCUCUUUCAACUUCUUUCAAUGGCAAAAACAAAAUUAUAUUGUUAAAAUUAGGAAAAAAAAUCACCUGCUAGCUUGUAAAUGUGACAAAUAGAAAGACUAGUGGGUCAUGCAGCAACAUGCAGAUGUUUGUACCUGACUGAGUUUGAUAUAAAACAACUUCACACGUCAAUUAGAACCAGAAAUGUUCUGCUUUCAGAGGAACUGGUUAAAUACGUGGGUCUGUUUUUGAAUUUUCUGAAUACCUUUAUGGUUUGACAAAAACCCCUUAAACUAAAUAAACCAGUUUGAAACCCAUCAGAUUAGCAAAAAAUUCAAGGUCACAGAGCGAAAAACUUAUCAGAAAACAUGUUUCUAAGCUUACGAAAAGACGUUUUGGAGAUGAACGUUGUACACAGAACAGCAAUGUUAUAUAACUGGGUCCCAGUUAAUUUGGUAACAAAUGAAAUAUGUAUGAUGUAGCUUUGAGUUAAUGUUCAUUAAGUGAUAAUCUAAGUGUUAACUAAUUACAUAAACAUAUGUGUUUGUGCCUUUAUUGUAAAGUGUCACCACGACUUUCUGAUGAAGACGUUGAUCCCUUAGUUUCCAUCAUGUUAGUAUGAAUAUUAAUCACCAGUAUUUGGAUAGUUGAUAAGGUAGUCACAUUUGAUUGUGAUUUUAUUUAUUUGAACUUCUUCUUUCCUCACACUUUUCAUGCAUCAGAUUACAGUUACGCACAUGAAGUGAGAGAACAGACCGUUGUGAAUGUGUUCCUGUUGAAGUGCUGUACGUACUGGGGUCUAUAUGGGAUUAUCAAAAAAGUCAAGUGUCCACAGCUCCCUCCUGUGGUUUCCAGUUGGGGAGAAGAAAGUCAUUGUUGAGUUGGGUUUUCUUUCUUUCUAUCUCUAAAAAAAGAUGGCCCUUUUUGUUAGAAAAUGCCAGAUCACAUGCAGGGAUGGACAAGCACAGGGCUGUUGUCAUCUCAGUCCCUCUCAGCUUCAGUCACACAUACGUGCAACGUUCACACCUGUGAACAGUCUGUUUUUUUUUUUUUUUUUUUGUUUUUUUUUUUGCUUCAGCAGCAGGUUAUGUAUUUGCCAGUUUGAAAACUGCGUGAGGACGCCGAGACAAAACAGAUGCCUGCACAGAAUGAAGUGAAUGGAAUGAGGCCACUUUUAUCAGUAGUUACUCAUAAUGGUGUUUUCAAGAGUGCCACAGGCGACCUCAGCGAGCAGUUCAACUCUGGUUGUCACGAUGUCUCACCUUAGAUAAAAGGGAAAAGUCAACAAUGUGUAUAUUAUUGUGUCUGUAUGGAAACCUGAAAACUGAAAAGUUCAGAUCCAAAACGUGGGUGUUUCAUGUCCGUUUGUAUGCUUUUUGUGUGUCAAUUCAGAGCGAGAGAAUAAAUUAAUUUAUAUAUUUUUUAGAAAAUGAAAGCUGUACUAUUAUUAAAAAAAUGGACUGUGGCCAAUAAAGAGUCUCACACAACUGAAAUAAUCUCAAAGUCAGACUCGAGUCGACAUCUGCACUCACUGCCUUAAAACAUUCACAGGUUCUGUUUCACAGCUCCAAUCCGAGAAAAAUCAUAAAAAGGCUUUUUCAAGGAGGGAAAGGAGAAGACAGUGUACAGUAGACCCUUGUCAGUUUGUACAAAUAUACCAAGUGAAAAAAAUAUUUAUUACCUGCAUUGGAAGAAAUUGUUUACUUAUUGAAUGUUACCUGUUUAUGUAGGAAAGUUUAGAUGUAAUAAAAUGCAUUCUGUUA